AACUUCAUUAGGAUAAUCCCUGAGAUUGAGGGAUUGUCUUGUGAGCAAAGGCUAAAUGGAUUUGGGAUUCUACUCACUGGAGUUUGGAAGAACGGGAGGUGAUCUCAGCAGAACAGAUUCUAAUCAGACAGUGUCAGCACAGAAUGAUGGACUUAACUCUGCAAAUGAAUUUGACUUGCAUAAAAAUAUUUCCUCUACUGCUGAUUCCCUUUCACAUGAGCUGCUCAUGCCAAACAUGGAGCCUGCUGAUGAAGCCAACGAUUUGAAAUCAAGAGCUGUGAUUAGUGAUAGUAAAAUUGGUGACGAGGGAACCAAUCUGAAACCUUUUACGGAUUUGUCAGAAACAUCUGUGGCACAUGUUGAAUCUCCUGAAGGCUCAGCAUCAAUGGACACUGAAUCUCAGCCUGCAAACUCCUCACCCGAAGGGACAGUACAAGACACAGAAAACAUAGAACUGAAUGAUUCAGGGAUCCCCUUUCCUACAGAGUAUGAGAAGUUUUGGAAAGUGGUGGAAGACAAUCCCCAGGACUUCACAGGUUGGACAUACUUGUUGCAAUAUGUAGAACAAGAGAACCAUAUCCUGGCAGCCAGAAAAGCUUUUGAUCACUUCUUGUCCCACUAUCCAUACUGUUAUGGCUAUUGGAAAAAGUAUGCUGACCUUGAGCGCCGACAUGACAAUGUGAAACGGGCAGAAGAGGUAUACCGACGAGGUCUUCAAGCAAUACCACUUAGUGUUGAUCUUUGGCUUCAUUAUAUCAAUUUCUUAAAAGAGACCUUGGACAACAACUGUCCAGAGACUGAUGACCAAAUAAAAAGUGUAUUUGAACAUGCUGUGUUAGCUGCAGGGACUGACUUUCGCUCAGACAGACUUUGGGAAACUUACAUCAACUGGGAAAAUGAUCGGGGAAAUCUGGAAGAAGUGACUACAAUUUAUGAUCGGAUUCUUGGUAUUCCAACGCAGCUUUACAGUCAUCACUUCCAAAGGUUCAAAGAUCACGUUCAGAAUCACUUACCUAAAGAUAUAAUCUCUUCAGGGGAUUUUAUUAAACUGCGCCAAGAGCUGGCGUCCACAAAUGAACAUUUUGAUAAUAAUGGUACUUCAGGAAAUGAUUUAACAGCUGGAAUUGAUAUAAAUGAUCCUGCUCAGAUUGUUUCUGAAAUAGAAAAUAUGCGUCACAGAAUAAUUGAAGUCCGUCAGGAAAUAUAUAAUCAUAAUGAGAAUGAAGUUAGCAGACGAUGGUCUUUUGAGGAAGGGAUUAAACGGCCUUACUUUCACGUAAAACCAUUGGAAAAAAUACAGCUAAAAAACUGGAAAGAUUAUCUUGACUUUGAAAUAGAAAAUGGAACUCUUGAACGUGUGGUGGUUUUGUUUGAGAGGUGUCUUGUUGCUUGUGCCCUUUAUGAAGACUUCUGGAUAAAGUAUGCUAAAUACAUGGAAAACCACAGUAGUGAAGCUGUGCGACAUGUGUACAGCAGAGCAUGUACAGUUCAUCUAUCAAAGAAACCCAUGGUUCAUUUACUUUGGGCAGCUUUUGAGGAACAGCAAGGGAACAUUAACGAAGCUAGAAGAAUCUUGAAAAUGCUGGAGGAAUCUAUAUCAGGGUUAGCCAUGGUCCGCUUAAGACGAGUAAGCUUAGAACGCCGCCAUGGAAAUAUGGAUGAAGCAGAAUUUCUGCUUCAGGAUGCAAUUAAAAACAGCAAAACGCCCAACGAAGCAUCUUUCUAUGCUGUGAAGUUGGCUCGUCUUUUAUUCAAAGUAGAGAAAAGCCUUCCUAAGGCCAGGAAGGUCCUACUAGAAGCAAUAGACUUUGAUAAGGAAAGCACCAAACUAUAUCUAAAUCUUUUGGAACUUGAAUACAAUUCAGAUCUCAAACUGAAUGAAGAAAACAUUCUGAAUGCUUUUGAUAAAGCAAUAAGUAGCUCAAUGGCUAUAGAAACGAGGAUAGCCUUCUCCCAGCGGAAAGUUGAAUUUUUGGAAGACUUUGGCUCUAAUGUUAAAAGACUCAUGGUGGCUUAUGAUGAUCAUCAACAACUUUUAAAAGAGCAGGAGUCAUCUAAAAGAAAGGCAGAAAAUGGUACAAUUAUGCAACACCCUGGAACUACGGGCAAUAUUACCCACCACCUACGUAAUAUACUGGAAUUUCUUGUUCUGAGAUGUUUUGUUUAUGUUAUAAAAGUAAAAAGUGGAAAAUAUUGCAUCUUAAAGGACUUGUAAAGACAGGAUUUCUUUCUCGGAUUAAAACUGGGGAAAAAUUGUUUACUGGAAGAUAUUUGUUUGAGAUCAGAUAAGAUUUAUGUUCAAAAGCAUUUUGAGAAUUUCUCAUCUUUUUUGAGUUUUUUUAAAAAAUUCUCUUCAUACUUAAUUUGUUAAUAGGAAAAUAAAUUUUAAAGAUACUGCAGAGCACCACUGAUGGUAUAGUUUCUUAUCUGGCAACUUCAUGCGAUUGUGGGAUUUUGAAAAAUUGCUGAGCUACAUAAUCAGGUAUACGACUAAUACAUUUGUAAUUGAAAACUUCAAAGACAUGUUGCUUUUUAUAUUUAAUUAAAAUAUGGUUGCACGUCUGGGAGUUCUGACUUUAGAUACUUAAAAGUGCCUCCUGCAUUGUGAAAUAAUACUGUUACAUGCAGUAAAUAUUUUAAAAACACUUGAGCAAUGGGAUUUUGAGGAUUUACACCUGGCCACCCUAUUCUGAAAUAAUGUUGGUCGCCUGGUCAACAUUAAACACCAGAAGUUGCCUCUUACAAACACGUUUGCUAUAAUCUUAGAAGCAAUUUUAUUAAAGGUUUGUUACCAUUAUCUGUUGGCUGGGACUAAGUAUAAAAUAGCUACUCCUUACUCUUAUGAGCAGAUUAUUUUCCAAAAUUAACGUAACAUAAAAUGCCAUACAUUUGUAACAUCCAUCUUUUAAGUAUACAAAAGCAGCAAGAGGAUAUCUGCUCAAGAUCAUGUAGAAAAUUUGAGACACAUCAAGAAUUUUAUGUGGAUGCUGAUCAGAUAGAAGAAUUGCUUGGAACAGAUGGGAAUCACCUUGUGGAUUUCAUUAGGAAAUGUCUGUAAUGUUACUCUCACUGAUAUUCUGGAAUGUGAUUCAAAUGAGGCACAGAAAUUUCUUAUUUCAAACCCUGUUCUAAUUUUGAGUCAGACUUUACUAAGCUCUGUUCUUGAUUUAAUGCCUUUGCCCCAUGUAUCACUUCACUUCUAUAGGAGUUCUAUCAUCAAUGCAAUUGUGUAGCAUUUGGUUAGGAGAAGACAUCAACUUUAUAGUAUUUUUGCUGCAGAUUACUUUGAUUACAAACUAGACUGAGAUUCAGUCUUUUUUCCAAGAUUAAUGCCGCAGCUAUAGAUGACCAGUCUGACCCCAACUUUACAGCUAGAAAAAUCUCUUUUUUUAAAACCCUCUACCAUUGUGCACUAAUCUCUUAUGUGAAGAAGACCUUUGUUUCUGGCUUCCUUUUUGCAUGGAAAUGCAUAAUGCACAGCAUACACCUGUGGAGUCAAUGCAGCUGUACAGCAUGGAAACAGACACUUCAGUCCAACUCGUCCAUGCCGACCAGUUAACCUAAAUUAAUCUAGUCACAUUUGCCAGCUUUUGACCCAUAUCCCUCUGAACCCUUCAUUUUCACAUACCCAUCCAGCUGCCCUUUAAAUGUUGUCAAUGUACCAGCCUGCUACUUCCCCAGGCAGCUCAUUGCAUAUGCCCACCACCCUUUUAAAUCUUUCCUCUCUCACUUUAAAUGUAUUCCCUCUAGCUAUGGACUCCCCCCACCCUUGGUGGGCAGAAAGACCUUGACUAUUCACGCUAUCCAUGUCCCUCAUGAUUUUAUAAGAUUGCCCUCGGCCUGCCACAUCCAGGGAAGAUAGCCCCCAGCCUAUUCAGCUUCUCCCUGUUGCUCAAACUCUUCAACCCUGACAACGUCCUUUGAAGGUGUUCAGAAAUGGCUUACAAGUUUAAAGUAUUGACAAAGGUCUGUAGCUCAGCUUGUGGAUGAGAUUGUUGAAUUGCUUGCUGAGCUGCUUGUUUUUGUUUUGACGUUGCAUCACCAUGCUAGGUGAAAUCAUUAGUGGAGCUUCUGAUGAAGUGUUGUUGUUCUACUCUGCUUAGAAUUUAUACUGUCUGUCUGGUCCAUUAUGGUAAGUACUAUCAUUUCUGGUUUUGAUCUGUAUGGGUUUAUGUAUGGGGUCCAAUUUGAUAUGUUUGUUGAUUUUAAAGUAUGGGUGGAGAGCCAUGCCUCUAGGAAUUCCUGUGCGUGUCUGUUUUUGGCUUGGGCUACUAUGGUUAUUUUGUCCCACUUAAACUGAUGGCCUUCAUUGUCUGAAUGUACAGAUACUAUGGAGGGUUCGUCGUACUGUUUUGCUGCUAGCUGUUGUAUGCCAAUGACUAGUUUACUUCCUGUCUGCCUGAUGUGAUGUCUGUGGCAGUUGUUGCAUGGUAUUUUGUAAACGACAUUGGUUUUGCCUGUUGUGGGAAUGGGGUCUUUAAUCAGUGUAAGCGUUUGUCAUUGGUACAGUCAGACUAUGGGACAAGGUAACCAUUAAUAGCCCAAGUCAAACAUAGACAUGCAUGGGAAUU